AUGGUCAAUAUUCGAGGCCUCUCGCGGCCCAUGGCAUUGGGAGUGAUCCUGAUACUGACGACAGGAGUCUUUACCGGUACGGCGGGUGAGAAACGGAUGGACGGCAUUAGCAACCAAACCGAAUCCCGGUCACGGAACGACCUAGAAGAAUUUGAAGAUGCACUCACCGACUACAUCAGCGAUUGGUUCAGCCGCAAUUCGGAGGACCUUAUCGAGGGAGCAUUGAUCAGGUGUCGCGGGCGCCAGGAAGGUGCCGGAGCGAACGGAACGACACUCAGUGAGUUCGACCGGUUCGUCGUGAAGGGAGUAGCCCGGUUACUAGGCACGGCCGCCGACGCCGUUAGCAGCCGGUCGCUAAAAGCCUCCGAGUCGGGACGCCUGUUCUUCUUCAAGGGAAUGAAGAAGCUACUCUGGCCGGUGAUGAUCGGGCUGCAGAUCGUAAAAACCGUACUCAUCAUGAUGUUCCUGCCCAGCAUCAUCGGUUCGUUCGGUAAAAUACUCGGCAAAGGACUCUCCUCGGUUUCCGGUCUGUCGCAUCCAGUGCAGACGGUCGACGAUUUGGACUUCAAGGAUACCACAUCGUACAACGCGGAUCACGAUUUCGGUAUGAACGAUGGCCACGGGUAUUUGCCUCCGGACGACAAUCACGCAUCCGGCACGAGCUACAACGGCAUUCUCUACGACCCGUCGAUGAUGGGUGGCCAUAACGCCAACGCCGGCAACGCACUGUCCCGGCUUGGCUACGGCGGUGGCCGGGUGACGUACGUCGGGCCGGGCAUGGAGGCGGCCAAGAGGAAGCAGCAAUCGGCGAAGAACGAUUUCAAGAUCUUCCACGACAUCCCGAGCAGCAGCCUGCUGCUGACCAACUACGACCCUUUCUACAGUCCGCUGCUGUCGCGGCUGGACGCCAUCUUCGCGCAAAUGGGAGUGUCCAACCGGGAGGAGCAGUGCCGGCAGCGGCUGGUCUGCCUGAUGUACGCCAAUCCGGCCAAGUACGCCCCGUACAGCAACCUCAUCUCGGCGCAGCUCAGCAGAGAACUGGAUGAGCUUCGCAAGCCGACCAACGACAACCCGGACAUACUGCGGUUCUUCAAGUACAUGCGGGCGGCCAAGGACGGCCAGGACGGGGUGGACUGCGACGCGCACUACAAGGACUGCACCGGCUACAAGGACCUCUCCAAUCCGGCCAUGGUGACCACGUUUAACGACAUCAACAAGCUGGUCCACGCCAGAAAGCUGUAG